CUCGACCAGAGGGUGGUCGAGUGACUGAGGCAAACAAAACAACAGAAGGCAAUAAACAGACCCGCGGGAAGGAAGUCUGAAAAGAAUCAAGCGGCGACAACAUGUCACGAAGAAGUGAUGUUUACAAAGGCCGCACACAGAGGCUCAUCUAUGGAGAGAAGUCAUCAGCUAUGAGCAGACAAAAUUCCACGUUUGACAUGACGAGUGGACACUCCCUCUUCAUGGAAGCAAUGGCCCUCAGGUUACUGGGUUUGGACUUUUCCUCGUACCGGUACGUCUAUUACGAUGACAGCCAGGAUGAGGACGAGGACGAGGAUGACUUUUGGCCUGACACUUUUGCACGGCAACCUUCAGGGCCACAUCCUCAAAUCCGACAACUCACUGAGGAGGAAGCAAAGAAACAGGCAAAACAAGCGCUUAUAGAGCAGCAACAACGUGAGUAUAAAAGCGCGAGGAACAAGCGAAAGAAACUGCGCAGAAAUGAGAAGAAGCGCUUGGAAAAGGAGAGCAGGAACAUUCCAGACGAGGCGGAGGGAGACGAACCCCAGGAGGUUGUCCAUCACUUUGGUGCGCGAGCUCCCCCCGACAACGAUCCCAAUUCCAGCGACGAGGGUAGCGACGAACAUGAAGAAGAAAACCACUCGCAGGAAAAGCAGGCGGAGGGAGACGAACCCCAGGAGGCUGUCCAUCAAAUUGGUGCGCAAGCUCCCCCAGAGGCAGAGAAGGACAACCAAGCGCAGGAAAAGGACCUCCAUUCCGAUAUCACUGGUGAUGUCACGGAAAAGUCGACGGACACACCCGACGCUCCGAAGAAGGACCAUGAAUGUGGAAGUGACAGCGAGGGUUCUCACAAGCCUGCAUUGGACCAGAAAGCAACAGAUCCAAUGGUAGAGGAAUACAUGCAGAAAAGUGCUAAGCUGGCAGAGUUUGGCAACUGUUGGGCGAGUGCAGGACGACACGACAAGGCCAUCAGAUGCUUCACUGAGGCCAUCAAGCUCAACCCAAAGGAGUGGAAGUUGUUUGGGAAUCGCUCCUUCUGCUACGAGAAGACGCAGCAGUAUGACAAGGCCCUGAAUGACGCAGAAAUCGCCCUCCUCAUGGAACCAAUGUGGGUCAAAGGUCUCUUUCGUAAAGCCAAGGCUCUCUGUGGACUAAAGAGGUAUGACGAUGCCUCCAAAGUCUACAAGGAGGUGUUGAAGAUGGACGGGUCAAGGCGCGAGGCCAAAGAGGCGCUGAACCAGACGCAGAUGUUGCAACUUAUGGAAAUGGGCUUCACCCAGGAGGAGAGCGCUGAGGCCUUGCAAAGCCACGACACCUUAGAGGCCGCCAUCAACGCCCUUUUUAACUGCGACAGUGCGCCUUGUCCAGCAGGGGCUUCUGGGGCAACAGGGGGAGAUUUGGAGGAAGGCGAGUGGAUGCUCCAACAAGCCAGCAAGCCUCGAACGCAGCGCGCCAAAGAAUCAGGGAGUCAAUUCAAAACUCAGCUUUUGUCCAAGAAAUGGCAAAAAUCGGAUGUUUUCCAGGUUUGGGUGCGUUCUCUGGCACCUACCGUCACCUACCACAAGCUCUAUGAGCUCUUCAGCAGAGUGGGGACAGUGUACAAGGUGAAGAUGCUGCUGGAUCAACAAAGUGCCUUCAUAUACUAUGCCCGGGAAGAGGACUGUGUGGAAGCUAUACGGCGUAUUCAUGGGAUGACGCUGGAGGGGUCUACUCUGGUGGUGCGAUCCCCCUUAAGAAACAACACGGAACCUGGAACGGCCAAAGCGGAGCUCGGUGACCCGGAAUCUCAAUGCAGGUGGUUUAAGAGGGAAUGUUUCUUCUGGAGGACCACCGGGUGCACGCAGGAGGACUGCACCUACAGACACGUCCCCGAGCACCAGGGCAUGGACAAGGACAAGUUCAUCAGCGGAUUUAGAACCAACCACACGGUGACAUGAGGUGGUGCCACUGGGAUCUGGACUUGGACCAGACCAGUAGCAGGGUUGGUAAUGAGGUUCAUGCCUGGACGUGGUAGCAGUCAAUAACUGAACUGGUUUGCAGCUUUUUGCACAGGAUUAGCAAACCUCAACUAUGUGUGUUAUGUACAUCUGCAGUCGCCACUAGAGGGCAGCAUCCCCUUUUUGCUUAACAGUUGUUGUGUCUGUCAUGGUUGUCCAACUCCUCUUCCUCCUCCACAUGCAGUUACUCUACUUUCUAUUCAGUUCUAGAAGAGCAAUGUUGUCUAUUACCCAGCAGGCACAAGACGUUGAUUAUGCAUACAUGUCCUUUAAAGCUGACUUUAAAACAACAUUGCCGAAUAGUUUUUAAUUGAGACAACGUUGGCGUCUAAAUGUUGGAUCCACGUCGUUGGUUGGGAAAUGACCAGAUUUCAACGGUUAAAUCAACGUCAGAACCCGACAUUGAUUAAAUGUCGUCAAAAAGCACGUUGUAGAAUAUUGGUCAGGAAAUUACCAAAUUUCAACGGUAUUAUUAAAGUCAGAAACCAAUUAAAUGUUGUC